AAAAAGUGUGUCUUCCAAGAAAUCGCCUCUCAACUUCCAAGAUGACGUUGGCUUCUCUGCGCUUCACCAUGCUGCCCUCAACGGUAACUGCGGCAUCCUGGGAACCCUCCUGGACAAUCACCAUCACAUCAUCGUGGAUCUCAAAGACAACAAAGGAAUGAGACCUGUUCACUAUGCAGCAUGGCAAGGAAAAUUAGAACCAGUGAGAUUACUACUACAGGCUGGAGCUAAUCCUAAUGAGAUGUCCUUAGAUUCAGAGACACCUCUACACCUUGCAUCACAGUAUGGUAGCUACUCAGUGGUUGAAGCAUUACUUCAGUACGAUGCUGACCCUACUGCCAAGAACAAGCAAGGAAAGACACCCUUGGAUCUAGCAGCGGAGUUUGGGAAAGGAAGCGUGGCAGAGCUGCUGCUGAAAGGAAGGCACUGCACCACUCUUAUAGCAAACACGUCACACACGGGUGUUACCAUGCAUACACCUCUACACCUUGCAGCUAAGAAUGGCCAUAGUGAUGUCAUAAGAACCCUCAUUGAUGCCGGGAUCGACUUAAACAGAGAAACGCCUAACGGGACAGCCCUCCACGAAGCUGCACUGGCAGGCAAAUCAGAAGUUGUCCGUUUAUUGAUUAUGAGUGGCAUUGAUGUACAUAAAAAGAAUUCCCACAGCCAAACAGCAUUAGACAUCGUCAAUAAAUUCACUCCAACAAGAGCCGCACAGGAUAUUAAACAGAUACUAAGAGAAGCGAUAGGAGGCUGUCAAGCUCAAGCGAUCAAGGACUAUUCACGCAUCCAUGACAGGUCAGCCAUUUCAUUCAAGGCUGGGGACAUACUAACGGUUUUAGAGAGACAUCCUGAUGGGAGAUGGAAAGGAUCUAUCAUGAAAGGAGGUACAGAAUCUAUAGGAUACUUCCCUGGUGACUAUGUCCAACUUAUCAGUAGACCGCCCUCUGGAGGCCAAGCUUUUCUUCCAAGCUAUGGUAGCAACAUUAUGCCUGCUGGUCCCUACAGGAACCCAUCUAGAAGCCCUUCAGUUGAUAACAUCACCAAUCAUCGAUAUUCUACGGGUUCAACAGCAUCGGCUAGCUCAUCAGGCACCUGGUCAAAUAGAGAGAGCACAGAGCACUCGACACCUGUUAGAAACAACCAAGGUGGACAACAACAGCAGCAAGGUUAUGAGCAAGACUCAUCAUCUCUAGCCCCACCCCACUCUUACCCAGGGGAUCCACCAAUGUCCCAUGGCAUGGAUCUACCACCACCACCACCUGAGAUGUUGCAGCAUGGGGUACAAUCACCAGGCGUGGUACCUCCUAGUCCUACCUCAAGGAUGAACCACUAUGGCGUUCCUAAUUCACCUCAUUACCCUCCACAAUCACCUAGUGGCAAUGGUGGUUACUACAACCAGUUUCAGUUUCCUGCAUCAGCUGGUAGUUCACCUAGCAGACAACCGUUUAGAAAUAAACCCAGCUUCGAUGAUCCACCAUGGCUUCGCAAUCAUCAACCUAGGAAUAGACCUCCAAGUGGCUCAGACUAUCCCGAGGACCAUACUGCAAAUGGUCAAGCAAUGAGAGGUCAUUUAGGCGGAGGAGGAGGAAUGAUGGGAUAUCAAUCAUUACAUCAUAACAAGUCUAUGAUGCACACACACCCCGCACAUAGUAUGGAUAACAUGCUGGCUUCAGACUUUCAUUGCAAUGAUUCCCAAAGACCUCAUAGUGAUGGUAUAUCUGACUUCCAUGUAGAUGCCAUAUCAGCUCAACAUGAAGGUAUUAAGGAUGCAGACAGAAUAUAUGAAUGGUUAAGGAGACAGAGGUUAAUGGAGUACACCAACAACUUCACCAGGUCUGGAUAUGACAUGCCAACCAUAGCGAAGAUGACCCCAGAGGAUCUGACAGCGAUCGGUAUCACCAAACCCAGUCACCGGAAACGGAUAACAGCAAUGAUUGCGCAGAUGAGAGAAUCGGAUCCAGUACCAGCAUAUAUACCAGGCGAUGUUGGGACAUGGCUGAGACUACUAGAUCUUAGUCAGUACCAUAAUACCUUGAUGACUAAUAGCUAUGGAGUUAUAGAUGAAGUCUUUCAUAUCACUUGGGAAGAUCUUCAGGACAUUGGCAUUGAUAAGCUAGGUCACCAGAAGAAAAUCAUGCUUGCUGUUAAGAGGUUAAAGGACUUGAAGAAAAAAGGUUGGGUACCCGGUCAUCAACUCAACAGUGACUCCGGUGGCAGUGGAUCACCGCAAUCCUCGGUGGAUGGCAUCACUCCACUUCCUGCAGGAUUGCACUUACCUCUCCAGGAGAGAGCAUCACCACAGUCACCGCAGCAGGAGUUUGUGAACCCACCCCUCGCUAGGAAGCAUUCAGGAGUUCGGAGCAGUCGUGAGAGUUUAAGUAGUGAUAUCAGCAACAGGUCAGCAGGCUCAUCAUCACAGGACACAACAACACCACAGGACCCACAUCCACCCAUCAUGCAUCUGAGGCAUCCUAAGCAUCAUGCAGAUGCAAGUUAUGUACCAGCGACUGCAACUAUGAAUGUGGGGGAUGAUGGGAAACGUACUCCUUCCCCGAAAGAUACGCCAACAUCAGAACCAAAGAAUGCUAAAGAAGGACAUUAUGGUUCGUUUUCAACCUUCAAGCAACCAAAUGCCAAUACAACACAGACAUUGCCAGUACAAAAAGGACCUCAGGGUAUUGAUAAAUUAAUUGGUAUCCAUAAGAGAGAGCAAAGUAAUAGAGACUCUAUUGAGAGUGCAUCAAGUUUUGGGUCAGGGUCUGGGUCUGGUUCAGGGGAUCAUUCUUCACUGGGUUCAAAGAAAUCGUUACCCCCUGCACCACCAAGAAGGACUAACUCAAUGAUAACGACCGUCCCUGACCCUGAGAAACUAAGAACCGCUACAAUAGGUAGGAAAAAGUCCAUGAAACCUUUCCACGAUAGGGAGUCUGCAGUUGCUGCUGGAAUGGCCAGGCAUCCAGAGAUUACAUCAGGGUUUGCUACUAUCAAAAGAACUCCAUCAAGAAAAACUGAUACAUUGAAGAGAAUGCAAAGAUCACAAUCUCAUGAUAGUGAGCCCUUGUCGGCCAUCAUCAGUCGAUCGUCGGAAGUCAUUUUUAAACCCCCUGCAGCGCCCUCUGUUCCAAAAGUGACACCAGACAUGAGAUCUGGAGUCGGACAACCCGGACCACGUGCGGCACCUUCUGAUGGACAGGAAGAUGCCAAUAAUAGAAGGAUGGAAGCUGAAGAGAUAAAUGCAAUGCAAAGAGGAAUGCAAGCUCCAAAUCAAAUGAUGAAUGCGGUUAUUCCUCCAGUUGAAAGGACUUCCCCAAACCAAAUUCAGCAUCAGGAAACACAUAGUCAACUGGUGAAUGAAAAUCCCCAGCAAGCUCAAAGAACUCAUUCUCCAAAGCAUGUCCAUCAACAACAAAUCCUUAAUCAGAAUCAAAUGAUGAAUUUUCCUCAACCACAGGUCCAAAGAAAUAAUUCUCCUAAGCAUGUCCAACAACAGCAAAUUAUUAAUCAGAUGCAAAAUCAAAUGAUGAGUGCAAAUCAACCACAGGUUCAAAGAACGACUUCUCCCAAGGAUGCGCAAUAUCAGCAAGCUCAAGAUAGGAUGACUAAUGAAAUGAAAAGUGCUAAUCCACCACAGGUUGAAAUGAAUAUUUCUCAAGUUCAAAGGACUUCUCCUAAACAUAACCACAAUCAAGUAGGGCGCAAGAAUUCUAAUUCAUCAUUGUCCAUGCAAGGUGGUAUUCAAACACCUUUCAUGAGUCCUCAACAGGACACCGCAGUUCACCUUCAAAAUGCCCAUAAUCACCACGUACAAGUACAGCAAGAAUCUAGACAAGAGGUUUCACAACCCCAGAAUAUGAAUGCCAUGCAAGAUCACCCAAUUUACUCAACUAUAAAUGUACCUCAGUCCCCUAGGAAAACCAUUGAGCAACCAAAGAAUUACCUUGUAUCUGAUCCAAACCAUCCGAGUAAUCAAAAGCCUGUUGGAACACAAGCUAUACAACAAGCACAGAAUAUUCUGUCUGAAGCAAUAGAAUCUCAACAGGCCUCUACUUUCCCAAAUGGAAGCUACCCACAUUCCAAAUUACAUUUACGCAAUGAGGGUAUACUUGACCUACCCAACACGAAUACUGGCAUAUGGGAUCAAGGUCGCUCUUUACCCGAAAGCCACACCAAGUCUUUGUCAAGAAACAGGGCAGCAGAGAUAGAGAGGAGUUUACAGAUUGAGAAACAAGCAAACAGUUACAGCUUUGUGAUGCCUCCUCCUUCUACAGCAACUGUAUUAGAUUCUGGGAGGAGAGCAUCCGCAGCAUCUGCUGUGUCUGCGACUAGCAGCGAAAAUAGUAGCAAUAGUUCUGAUAGCAGUGGUCAACCUCGAAGACCAGGCAGUGCAGAAGUGCUUUGGAAGAAACAGUCCCAAGCAGAUGACAGUACACCAGUAUUACAACCUGUUCUUUCAAAUCCUCUACAAGGAAUAUGGAGACCUAGGUCGAGACAUCAAAAUCGAAACUCAAAUGCUGAAAUUGACGAGGAUUUGACAACAGACAUCUCAUCAUCUUCUAAAGGAUCCUCUUCCUCCAAAGGUUCAGAGGAAGAUUCACCCAUCAAGACGCAAGCAACGUUUUUGCAGCUGAAGAAACAGUUUUUGAAUACUGACUCUCAACCAUUGAAUUAUCAAACUUUGAAAAGACCUCCAAAGAAACCAGAACCUCUUGCCCCAGAAUUCAGAUCAAGAUCAAGAUCAUUUACAGAGCAAGAUGAGUAUAAUCAGUCACCAGUCAGCAAAUAUGCUCCUUUUAGCUUUGAAACCAUGAAUCGUAAUAUGAAUGCAAAUUCUGUAGAAGAUGAAUCCUCCUCUCCCAGAGUAUAUGAAGAAAUUGAGGAUCGGCCUAUGUCUUCCUUUAAUAGAUCAAGUCCUCUUACAUCACCAAGACAUUCAACAGUGAGCCAACCACAGCAACCUAAGCCAGUUCCUAUCCCUGUGGUUCCAGUCUCUGUUCCUCAGCAACAUCAACAAAUUCCUCAUAUGCAUAAUCCAUCUGUCCCUGCAAUUGGGUCAGUCCCUCCUCCACCAGUUGGUCCACCUCCGGCUGUGCCAGUAUUACCCAAAUCUGCACCUCCAGUUACACCAGAGGUUCAAACACAAGUACAGGUAUCCAAUGCAUCUCCUGCUAAGAUACCUACUCCUAUAUCACCUACCCUUCCACCCCCACCACCAAUAUCUCCAAUAGGACCAGCUGAAAUGUCAUCGGCACCAUCACCACCCAUGCCACCACCACCAGCACCCAUUGCAUUUGUACCUCCUGCACCACCAGUAGUACCAUCGGUCUCUCAUUCAACCCCUCCUCCUGCACCUCCACCUGCCCCUCCGCCACCAACAAACAUGCAGCUGACAAACAUAAUGCAGAGCAAGAAAGCAUCUGCAUUAGAACCAGUCAACGGGAAACUAAGUAGCAGUGCACCCAAGAAGAUGAUGGGUGAUAUAGGUGGUGGUGUUGAUAUGAUGGCUGAACUUAAGCUACGGCAGAAGAUAAGACAGAAGGUACCUGUAGUAUCGGAGAGCUGGGAAUCAAACUCGGACACUAUUAAACGUAAACCAGCUUCUCCGAAUGAAUUGGUUAAUGAAGAGGUAGCCGUACAUUCUAGCGACUUAAAAGAGUUUCCACCUCCUCCACCGGAACUUACUUCAUCACCACCUUCUGUAGAAGUGAAGAAAAGGGCUGUCCCACCAGUAGUCCUGCCCAAGACAAAAUCUCCCCCAAAACCUUCCAGACCACAGGAGACGCCAACCCCUGCAUCAACAAGUACGCAAUCCCCCAGACUUAUCCCAAUAGAGGAACCAACAAGUAGACUUGUUCCUAUCAAGUCUCCCAAUAGCAGACUUGUCCCUAUUGAAGACCCUAAAGAUGUCGACAUUUUCUCAUCUGACAUGGAUAAGUUGGAGGAUCAAGAUGAGGUGGUGGACUCUGAUAGCAGUGAGAGUAGCGAUACACUUGAUACUGGUCUUACUGGUUUUGAAAAUGAAAACACGGACACUAUCAAGAAACAGCCAAUGAGACUUAGCCCUAAGAGACCGACUUCAGGAGAGACUGGCUCUUUUGGUGCAGAGAUCAUCACUGCUUCUGUGCCUCCAUUCUCUGUUGAUAGAUCUGCUUCUAAUCAUCCAGCCACCAAGAAUUACAAGCCAAUUGAAGAUGCUGCUGCAGAUGCAGACUCUCUAGGUGAAGCUACCCUGAAGCUUGAAGAGAUCUUAAGAAGCAUGGCAAUGGAGGAUCCCCUUGGUCAACUCCAGGAUGACGACUGGACUCCCCCACCGGCUCCAGUACUCAAACUUCCCCAAACAUCUCCUUCACUCCCAUCUCCACCACUACCACCACCACCACCACCUCCAUCGUCAGAGCCAGAACCCAACAACAGCGAGGAACCAGCAGAGGAAAGCAAAGAAGUUUUCAAUGACAUUGAAUCCAUGUUUGCUAAUCUAGCUCUGGAUUUGGAUAGCAUGAUGGGCUAGAAGAUGUUAGAUCUAUCUUAAGGUAACCUUCAUCUCAUCUGUCAAGGUCACCUAUCAGUCAAGGUCACCUAUCAUCUGUCAAGGUCACCGAUCAAUGCUAUGA